UUAGCAGAACUGAAAAGAAGCAAUAGACAAGACUACAAGUCUCACCCUAAAUUCAAGGAGCUAGAAGAAAGCUUGAAUGUCACUGGGAGCUUAGGUAGGAAGUUAAACAAUUUUUGUUUGUCUGUGGGUAGACUUCAUAUAAUACAGCCAAGUUUUUGAUAAAUGGAAAUAAAAGUCCAAAGUGUGCUGCCGCAUGAAUUAAGCCACAACAGGAAAAAAAAACUUCAAGUUUCCAAUAAGAAUAAUUUAACAAUUCAUUAAACCCCUGUGGGUCGUUGCCGAAGAUUUAUCAAAUGCAAUCUGCCGCAAGGUGUGAACUCUGCUGAAGAAACGUGUUUUAAACUUUAAGAGUGUCCUUAACAUAGUCUAUCCAAUGCUAGCUUAGUCUUCCUCUGACCCUGAAACUGAAGUGCUUGUAGGCUUGAAAUGCAGGCUGAAUGCCAGCCAUUCUAACAAGAUGAUCAAAUGAAUUACGGUACCGGGUAUUUAAAAUUAAUUAAAAUUUCUUACAUGAAAGAUUAAUUUCUAAAAACUUUGUUCUGUAUUUAAUAAAGUAAGCACAUACUUCUGGUCAGGUUUCCACAUUUUUACUACAUCUUUUAUGGUAAAUAAUUCUGAAACCUAAAAAAAAAAAUUAUAUGUAACUUAUCAUAUCAUUAUUUUUAAACUGAUCACAAUAUUCUCCUUAAAAUUAUCUAAUUAUUUUUCUUAUAAACAUCUUAUUAUUAUUCUUAUAAUUAUAAUCCAUCAUUAUUCUUCUUCUGUAUGUUUUUCCUCGGGAGGUUUAGUUGACAGAUUACUGGAGGUUCGUGUUGUGGACUUUUAAUGGGGUUUGGUUAUUUUUGUGUUGGUCUUUUAGCUAACACAUUUGUUAAGUUUGAUUUUCGCCGGUCACGAAACAAAAAAAAAACAACAAAGCAUUCAAUAUCCUGCUUCUAAGUAGCAUGUCUUUUUACACAGAUGGAUUAGAAAACCAGAUGUUUUUUUAAUUUCUGUUUACAGAGGAACAACUGGCAGCUCUUAGAGCUGCCCUGACAUAUUCUUCCAAUGAUGAUGAUGACAUGGCUAUGACAGAUGAGGAGAUCAACAUUAAAUGUCCAUACACUGGUCAGACAAUGGUCACCCCUGUCAAGAACAAGAU